GCGGAAGUGGCGGCCAUGAGGGCGCCGGGGCCGUGCGCGGAGUGCGGGGCGGGGGGCGCGGCCCGGUACCGCUGUCCGCGCUGCGGGAGCGCCUACUGCUCCGUGCCGUGCUGCCGGACCCACCGCGAGCGCUGCGCUCCCGAGCCCCGCCAGCAGCCGCAGCGGGAGGCGGCCGGGCAGGUUCCCCCCCCUGACCCCGCGCACGGCCCCGGGACAUCCCUGCGGGACAUCCUGGGCGAGGAGGACGAGCAGGACCGAGUCCCGCCCGAGAAACUCCAGCUGCUGGGAGAAUCAGAGGAGCUGAGGGAUUUGCUGCUGAACCCACACCUGCAGCAGCUGCUGCUCACCAUCGACCAGGCUCAGGACAAAAGCUCCCUGAUGAGGAGGUUCAUGCAGGAGCCCCUGUUCGUGGAGUUUGCAGAUUGCUGCCUCAGCAUUGUGGAGCCUCCUGAGAAGGAGAACGUUCUCCCCGAGUGAGCUGCUGUGGGAAUGGUUUUAUUUUUGUCCUUAAGGUUUUUAUUUUUUGAGGUGUGGCAGCAGCUAGAGCUGCUGCACUGUGUGUCUUGGCCACUUUGCCCGUGGAUGUCAGUGCUCUGAUUUCAGUUCAGAGCUGGCAAACGGGGGCAGGGAUGUGUUGGGACACAUUUUUAGAUCCUGGGGGGCUGAACUUGCCACUCUGUGGGAUUUUUUCUGCUGGCACAGAAAUGCUGCUUUCACGGUGACAU